CGCGGCGCGGUGACGCGGGAGCCUGCGCGUGACGUCGCGGCGGCUUUCGUCCUGCUCCCGGUCUCGCCCUCGCCGCCCCUCGGCCCGUUCCGGCCUGCGCCCGCCGUCCGCUGCCGCCAUGGCGAACGUGGCCGACACGAAGCUGUACGACAUUCUGGGAGUGCCGCCCGGGGCCUCCGACAACGAGCUGAAGAAGGCAUACAGAAAGCUGGCCAAGGAGUACCAUCCUGAUAAGAAUCCAAAUGCAGGCGACAAAUUCAAAGAAAUAAGCUUUGCCUAUGAAGUAUUGUCAAAUCCAGAGAAACGUGAGUUAUAUGAUAGAUAUGGAGAACAGGGUCUUCGAGAAGGUAGUGGUGGAAGCAGUGGAAUGGACGAUAUCUUCUCCCAUAUCUUUGGUGGUGGAUUGUUCAAUUUCAUGGGUGGUCAGAGUAGAAGUCGUAAUGGUAGAAGAAGAGGAGAAGAUAUGAUGCAUCCGCUCAAAGUCUCUUUAGAAGAUCUGUAUAAUGGAAAGACAACUAAACUACAGCUUAGCAAGAAUGUCCUUUGUAGUGCGUGUAAUGGGCAGGGAGGGAAGGCCGGAGCUGUUCAGAAAUGUAAUGCUUGCCGGGGUAGAGGUGUACGUAUCAUGAUCAGACAGCUGGCUCCUGGAAUGGUUCAGCAGAUGCAGUCUGUAUGCUCUGACUGCAAUGGAGAAGGUGAAGUAAUUAAUGAAAAAGACCGCUGUAAAAAAUGUGAAGGGAAGAAGGUGAUCAAAGAGGUAAAAAUACUUGAAGUCCAUGUAGACAAAGGCAUGAAGCAUGGGCAAAGAAUUACAUUCAGUGGCGAAGCAGAUCAGGCUCCAGGUGUGGAACCGGGUGAUAUUGUCCUCUUACUCCAAGAAAAGGAGAAUGAGGUGUUCCAGCGGGAUGGGAAUGACUUGCAUAUGACGCACAAGAUUGGACUUGUUGAAGCACUGUGUGGAUUUCAGUUCACAUUUAAGCACCUUGAUGGACGUCAAAUUGUGGUUAAAUAUCCUCCUGGAAAAGUAAUUGAGCCAGGUUGUGUUCGCGUAGUCAGAGGCGAGGGAAUGCCACAGUAUCGCAAUCCUUUUGAGAAGGGAGAUCUCUACAUUAAAUUUGACGUUCAGUUUCCUGAAAAUAACUGGAUUAGCCCAGAAAAGCUUUCAGAACUUGAAGAUCUUCUGCCAGCUAGACCAGAAUUUCCCAAUGUAAUUGGUGACGCAGAAGAGGUGGAUCUUCAGGAAUUUGAUACCACUCGUGGUUCAGGUGGUGGCCAGAGACGUGAAGCUUAUAAUGAUAGUUCUGAUGAAGAAAGCAGCCAUCAUGGACCUGGGGUACAGUGUGCCCAUCAGUAAACAUUUGUCUAAAAAGUUGCACAAGGAUUUUCUUUCAAAUUUUGCCUGACUUGUUUUCAGCAAUCCAGCUGGAUUGUGUAAGUAAUCCAGAUGAACCAAUGGACAUCUAUUGCUGUAUGUGUAACUUUUAAAUUGGUCUAUAGUAUCUACAGAGUGUAAUUUAAACUAACCACAAGCUUACAUCUUCAUUUUGACUGUGUAGCAGAAUAAAGCACUUGAAAGGAAGACGAGAAUCCUUUUCACAUGGGUUUUAAGUUUGUCCUCGUAUCUGUGCUUGAUUUUUACCAGUUUUGUGUAGAUUUUAAGUUCCAUAUUUUAAAUUCAAAUUCUACAUUGUAAAGUUUGUGUAAAAUUUGUCCUGAGGCUUGGUAUUUGGCUGCACCUGCAUAAGCUGCUACAAGUAGAAUAAAGAAUUUCAUAGCCUGUAUCUAUCAUCUAGAUGCAUGGUAAAUGGGCUUUGCACAUAAUGGGUUUAGAGCUGACUGGGAACAAUGGAAGACUGAAUUAGAAGUGGUUGUAAGUUUUUUCUACCAUCUUGUGAACGGUUUCUGAAAUUAAAUAAAAGCAGUUGGUGUAUAAUAUA